GUCCAAGUGGGGAAACCUGGCCGAGGUUGAAACCUUCUCCGGUAUUUCACGAGCGGCCAGUUCACCACGAGACCUCGCGGUGGUCCGAUCAUUUCCUUUCUCGAAAUACCGAGUUUAAAGUAGCAUAAGUGAUAGUUUGUAUAUUACCCCGGCAAUUCGUCCCUCCUCGAUCUCUAAGAGCGCUCUCGAAGCAGCCGCGAGAUCCGCUGCGGAAUUAAAUUCCCAUAGGAAUUCCGCGCGGAAUUCCUUCCCAGUGGGAGCAGGAAAGUGGCUCAGGCGAGGCUGGUCUCAAAGGAAAUCCCGCACAGGUUGCUAAAAAUUCAGCCGCGUUCAAGACGCUCCCGAAUCGGCGAUUCCGAUUACAAUUAACGUAACAGCUUUGCGCAAUGCCCACUGAAUUGCAGAUCGAACGAUUUCAUUAACGCUUCGUCGGAAUUCCUUUAUCAAAACCGGGGGUCGGCCUUGCAGUGAAAUUUCCACAAGAUUUAUCAGAUUUUACUUAUUCGCUGACUAUUGAUGACGAACGAUAGCUUAUCAUAUAUCGAAAUUCCAGGGUGUAAAAUCAGAUCGUCCCAAUUUCCAGUUAUCACUGGCCCUGGUUUAUACCUAAUCGCAAUUUUAAUCGAUUUUGAGGAGAAGUCGGAGUGAAAGGAAGAGGAAGGAAUACUCGCAAUGGCUAUUCCGGAAAUCGCUGCAGCUGCAAGUGCAAAUGCUUUAAAGGAACGACUGAAAACCUCCCCGAAACUUUACAUCGGCGAGACAGAGUUCGUAUUUCAACCCGUAGAGGAGAUGGAUGAGUUUUUUACGGAAAAAGCACUAAAGGAGCUGAGAGAGACGCCGGAAAUCCGGGAGGAAGGCUAUAAGGCUCUGAAGGAAUUGCUGAAAGGUGAGCCCGACCUCUACCUGCCCACGGAAGAGGAAUACCUGAAAAAGUUCCUAAGGCCUUGCAAAUGGUACCCGAAAAGUGCGAUGGAAAUGAUAAAACGCUUUUAUCGUUACCGGCUUUCGCAUCCACGGAUUUGCAAUAACUUGGUGCCGAGCAUGAAUCGAGAAAUUUUCGUUUCCGGUAUUCUGACUCCAAUGCCCCUGAGGUUAGAGGAUGGGUGCAGACUAUUGUUAAUAGAGAGUGGAAGAAAGUGGAAACCGAAGGAAAUUAGCCUGGAGCAGAUAUUAAGGGGAGUUAUGAUAAUUCUCGAGGCCGCCAUGGCGGAGCCGAUAACGCAGAUAUCCGGGGUCCACGUGAUUUUGGACAUGGACGGGCUCUCUUUGAGUCAAGUGACGUAUUUCAGUCCGAGCUUUGCAAGUGCAGUUUUAGAGUGGGUCCAGAAAUGCGUUCCAUGUCGACUAAAGGGCGUACACGUAGUGAACCAGCCCUAUAUCUUCAACAUGGUCUUCGCGAUAUUCAAGCCCUUCCUUCAGGAGAAGCUUCGCAAUCGAUUGCACUUUCACGGGACGAACAGGCAAACACUUCUGUCGCAUAUAGGUGUGACAGCUUUGCCGACCAAAUUCGGAGGAAAUCUGAAAAUUCCCGAAGAGCCAGUCGGAGAGACGCUUUGGAACUACUUUUGCAUUUUCGAGGAGGCCUUUCAAGCAUCAAGUAAAUGCGGUUAUCCACCGAAGGAGCUGUGAAGAAAGAAUCUCUAGGUUUCGAGGAAUUGUCUUCGUUGGUGGUUUCGUAUCUUCAGAAAUACACACAGAAAAGAAAAAAAACUAGUACCGAGUGGUAGACUUUUUCAUACUUGAAGAGUCACUCGAGGUGUCGAUCUAUUCCGAUCGGCGAAUCGCUUUUAUACUCACGUGAUAACGCUCACUCAACUCGGUAUCAGCUAAAAUCGGAGUCUUAGAUAAGGAUUUCUUUUCAAUUUAAGGAAAUAAAGCCCGGCAAGAGAUU